AUGGCUUCAGCACAGGCAUCUGCGCGCCCUCAGAGUCUCUCGACAUUGCUCGAGACCCUCAACACAUGCCUUUCAACAACUGCCUCUGCCUUACCUAAGGCUCAUAGUGAUGCUUCUUCCGAUGCUACGAUCGAGCCUCCGCAAGAUGGUAUCUCUCUCCUCGACACUAAGAGUGAAAUCCUCCUCUCCUACCUCCAGAAUCUGGUCUUUUUGAUCAUUUUCCAACUGCGCAACGUGUCGGCGAAAAAGUCCUCGAAAGAAAAGACCGAACCCGUGGACAACUCCCUCGAGGACGACAUCCGAAAGAAAUUGAUCGAGCUCCGGGUUUUCCUUGAGCGCGGUGUUCGACCUCUAGAAGGACGGCUGAAGUACCAGGUGGACAAGGUUAUCAAGGCCGCCGAGGAUGUGGAACGAGCAGAGAAGAUCCAGCCGGCCAAGGCCAAGAAGAGCCGCAAAUCCACCAAGUCAGACAGUGACGCUUCAUCCGAGGAUGAUGAUGAAGACUCAAGUGAAAGCGAGGAGGACGAAGACAUCGACGAAAUGGCCUUCCGACCCAAUGUCUCUGCCUUCGCCAAGGGAGGCGCCGACAAGAAAAAGGCUCAGCCCACCAAAGCGGCCGAGGAAGGACCUGGAGAUGGUAUCUACCGUCCCCCAAGGAUCAUGCCAACGGCUUUGCCUACGACCGAGCGUCGCGAACGCCAGGACCGCCGACCCUUCCGAUCCAAUGUCAUUGACGACUUUGUCAACGCCGAGAUGUCCUCCGCGCCCUUGGCUGAGCCCAGUAUCGGUAGCACAAUCAUUGAUGGUGGACGGACAACCAAAUCCAAAAAGGAUCGGGAGCGUGAGCAAGAGCGCAACACCUACGAAGAAACCAACUUUGUCCGUUUGCCCAAGGAGACCAAGAAGCAAUUGGCCAAGCGAGGUGCUGGAAAGGACACCACCUAUGGUGGUGAUGAGUGGAGGGAUCUCAAUUCUGGCGCUGAUCAUAUCGAGCGUCUUACUCGGAAAUCUAAGAGCAACGGCGCGGCACUGGAAAAAAGUAGAAAGCGAACUCGCAACGAGGAUGGGCAGCGCGGUGAUGGUGUGGGUAUGGGUCAGAUCUUCGACAAGCGACGAAAGAAGGUCGACAGCUGGAAGCAAUGA